CGUCUUGCCCCUGCAUAAUCCAUACAUCUUCGUUGAAUAGUACGACAUACGAAGACCCUUAAAAUGGAUUAUUAAAGGAGUUACGUCAAGCUACUGGUCCACGUCAUGGGGGCGACUGCUAGUUUUACCGUUCGUGUCGGCCAUCGCUCUUUCUCUUCCUUAUCAAUCCCUUUGAUGUUGGUAGUCGGUGAUAACGAAUCUGGUCCCUGAAUACUCAGGGCCUCUUGUGUUAAACGACUUCAUCCUCUAUUAUUACGAAUUUGAUAUCGUACCUGCCUUCCAAAUUGAACUGAUUUUCUCAUUUUACUGUCAUCGUUCUCUGUUUUGUCCCAUUUUGAAACAUUAUGACAUCCUCGGCGAACAGAAUCUCUCGAAGACAUGUCCCCGGGAAACCGGGUGGCCGUCGAAGGAAUCGCACGAAAUCCUUUACUUCUCCGAAAUCGCCUCAGUCCAUCUUAGCCCAGGCUCGCAGAAAUAGUCUCACGGCCAGACGUAGCCGUGGGGGUCUUUUUAGCGCUGGUGGUAGCAAUAAGAUCAAGCACCCAGAACGUAAGGUUGGGGAACGGCCUUGGAGGUAUUCAAAAUUUGGCUUGAUCCCGCGCACAACUGAGCCUUUCGAAAAGAAUUGUUUUGACAGGGAGCCGUUUCCUCAAGGAUAUGUGCUUGUCCCCAAGGGCGAUGUUUACAUUACUCGCAACUGUCGAGCGAACACGAAAGCAUCUGAACGCGUCGUCUACACCGUUUAUGACAAGACAGGGAAGAGAACACUCGGCAUUCGUGUCCCCUCCGACAUAUAUGCAGCGGUUAUUGAGUCCGCCGCUAAGACCGCUGAGACUCGCGCCCACGCUGUCAAACUUCGCGACGAGAAAGAUCUGGCUCACUCUCGACAGGUCCUACGCUCUCGGUUCCCACUUAUGCCGGCGGAAUCUCUAGAGGCGAUCCUCAACCAUGCGUUUCUCAAAGGUUCCGGUCGGGUUGGACGCACAGCGACUAAAACAGAUGGGCGCAAGGCCGACCUGGCAGUGGAAGCUCAUAUUCGGCACACGCAUACCCCUUAUGAGUCCAUGCUCCAUACCGGAACGGGCCGCGAGGAAGCUCGAAAAGCGGUUUGGGGGUUGAUUCAGGCCAUUAAAGCUGCCUGGGAAGGUGGCGGUGCCCAGCCCAUGGAUGUGCUGACUCUGCGCAAUCGGAUGGUGGAAUCGAACUGAUGCCAAUUCAACUUGGAUACGUCCCGCAUAUUUCAACAAGAGACGCCAAAGCCACGCCCACCAAUCUUGCAUAACUGAUUAAUUUCGAGAGCGAGCCUUAUCACAAUGCUUAAAGCAACGAUCACGAUAUCAUAGCUCUACCCGAAGAAGCAUGAGACUACAGAAAGAAAAACAAACGGAGGGGAAGGGAAAUGACUCGUUACGAAGACAUGAAAGAUACCCUAUGUACUUGAACAUACAUAGACCACGUUUCCAUAGACAUGUUAGGUUCAGUGAUAGAGUGGUGUCUGCACCAUGUUCAUGGUGGUUCUGACACGUUCAAAGCGUUUUUUUUUUUGUUGUUUCUAUGUCGUUUUUAUCACUGGUUUCAUGUACUGAGUAUGAAAUCGCCAUUCGACUUGA